AUGUCGCUGCAUUUUGCAGGAACGUCGGCGUCGGCAACAUCCGCAGCAGCGUUGGAAGCGUUGGCAGCGGCGUCGGUGGCGCUGGCGCUGGCGGUGGCGGCCAACGCGCAGACAACUUCGCAAGCUAUCAUGUCACCGCCGUCCUCAUUUGUCUCGCCUUCUGCCAUUGGGUUGCUGCUGGUUCCCACUAUUGGUGUAGAAUAUCAGUAUAUUCGUCCACAAGUACCUUUCCACACGGGCAGUCUGCAGUUGACGACCUUGGCAUCAGACUAUCAGCCCCAACAGCACCCACUGCAACUGCCACAACAGGUCAGCUACCAGCAACCACAGGUUUUGCAGCAACAGCAGCCGAACAAGUUGAUUGUCCACACUCUGGGUCCGCAGGGUCGUGCCUAUGAGCUGGAAAUGCACAAGUCUCCGGCUAUUUAUGUGUCGCAUCAAGAGAGCAGUGUGCAGAGCAAUCGGUUGCCCUAUUCUCAACAGCAACUACAACAAGCGACGCCUUUAACAGUGCAAUCUGCGCCGCAACAGCUCUACCAGGCGCCACAAUUGCAACCGCAACCACAACAACUGCAGCAACUGCCGACGACUAGUCACGUUAAUCCUCUCCUGCCGAGCAACAACUAUAACCAAGUACAAUCCUCUCAGACGCCGCUGCCAGCGUCCUACUACGCGCAACCACAAGCGGCAAAAUCUGCCUCGGCAGCAACAUCCUCCUCCACGGCGUUGUCGUACGCCUCCACUAGCUCCGCUCACAAUCCACAGCCCUACGCAAUCUAUGUGGCCGGCGAUGCGCGCAACUUCCAGCGCUUCAUCACCACCUGCCAGCCCAAUGGGCAGUGCCAACCUUUUACUCUAAAUCCUGGACAGGUGGACGGAAGUCAUCAGCAACUGGUGCACGCAGCCCGCGCCGUCAUCCAGCCUGCCCAGGAUGUUUGUGCCCAGCACGCGGGCACAGCUACUGGCGCCUAUGCUGGUGGCUCAUAUCAUCGUGGUGGAGCAGCCGCUGCCAUUGCUGCUUCGUACAAGCCCCCAGGUACCGAGGUCAAUGCGAAGGGUGAACUGCGUCCCCGCAAUAGGCGCACCUAUAGCUACAGUGAAUCGCAGCUACUGAGAUAUCCUUAUAAUUAA